UGACGGAAAAAGAAAAAGGAAACGAGUGCCGCAAGAAGCCGAAGCUCAUCUGUUCGUGUGUUCGUUACUUUAAUUCAACAACAUGAAUAUCGAUAUCGACGCGUGGCUGUAAUAAAACUACCAAAGAUGGUAGUUAACCUCAAGACAACUCGGGAAUUAAUCAAUCCGAAAGGACGAGACCUUUAUCGCUACGCUAGCUAGCUAAUGUUAGCUCCCAUGAUGGGCAAGUGAGCGUUACCGAGCGAGUGAAAUAUAUUAAAAAAAAAAACAAUAUAAAUGUCGCGAGGCUGAAACCCGGGGAGGAAGAGAGAGUAUUUGCGCGUGUGCCUUUAGCUACCUCGGAACCGUGUGGCCACUGUUUACAUGAUGAAGAAUUGCGAGUACCAGCAGAUCGACCCCCGGGCGCUGGCGGUGUCCCCGCUGUCGGCGCAGAGUCACCCCGAAAAGAAGGAGCAGCGGCCGCGGAGGAAAUGGGAGGUUUUCCCGGGGAAGAACCGGUUUUUCUGCGAUGGACGGAUCAUCCUCGCCAGACAGAGCGGCGUCCUUCCGCUGACACUUGGCCUUAUCGUUGUCACUUGUGGCCUUUUCUUUGCUUUCGAUUGCCCUUUCCUGGUGACGCACGUGACCGUCUUCAUACCUGUGAUCGGUGGGGUGCUGUUUGUGUUUGUGGUCACAUCCUUGCUGAGGACGAGCUUUACAGACCCAGGCAUCUUACCCAGGGCCACCCCAGACGAAGCUGCAGACAUAGAAAGACAGAUCGAUACCUCAGGAUCCUCUACGUAUCGCCCCCCUCCGCGAACCAAGGAGAUCCUCAUCAACCAGCAGGUGGUGAAGCUCAAAUACUGCUUCACUUGUAAAAUGUUUCGCCCUCCUCGAACCUCCCACUGCAGCCUGUGUGACAACUGUGUGGAGCGGUUUGAUCACCACUGCCCAUGGGUGGGAAACUGUGUGGGAAAACGGAAUUACCGCUUUUUCUACAGCUUCAUCAUCUCUCUGUCUUUUCUGACAUCUUUCAUAUUCGGCUGCGUCAUCACACACGUCACCCUGCGUUCUCAAGCACUAAAAAGCAUUGUUCAAGCCAUUCAGGAGAGUCCUGGCAGUGUGGUGGAACUGGUGAUCUGUUUCUUCUCCAUCUGGUCUAUUCUGGGCCUCUCAGGCUUCCAUACCUACCUAGUGGCCUCGAACCUCACCACAAAUGAAGAUAUAAAGGGAUCCUGGUCCAGUAAACGAGGAGCAGAGGAUUCUGGGAACCCGUACAGUUACAAUAACAUCAUAACCAACUGCUGUGUGACCUUAUGUGGGCCCAUGCCCCCGAGUCUGAUCGACAGGCGAGGUUUCGUCCCUCCCGACGAGGCGGCUGCCACCGCCUCUGCCUCGGAGAUCGAGCUGCCUCCUUUUGUGGCCAAGAGUGACGUCAACAUGUGCGCUCAGAGCACAAAGGACGUGUUGGAGCGGGUGGUCCACUCGUCAGACCUCCACGGCCUGUGCUCUCCAGGGACCCCGAAGACCUCCCCCCUGGUCCAGGAGGCCUCCGGCACCGCGGCGCCGACCCCGGCGCCCUCCCCGUCCUCCAGCUGCUCCCGCCAGCAGGCCCGGCCGCCCGCCGUCGCUCCCUGCCCCCCGUUCAGCAGAAGCAGCAAGAAGGACCCGCUGCACUCCAUUAACCCGGCUUUCCGCCUGGCUUCGCCCUCGCCGUCGCUCGGCCGCACCACGCUGAUCCUGGGCGACGCCCCCGACAUCGGCUUCGUCCCGCCGCACUGAGGGAGGGAGGGAAGGGUUCUCGCGGCGGCCUCGUCCGGCUGCACACACCGCUGCUCCGUGUUCUCACUGUGGUGGCCGAGGCGCUCGUGGCAGGUUGGACUGUCAGUUGAGUCCCGUCACUCGUGUCCAGCGAUCUUAGUAACUCUUGGAAGCACAAAAAUAGAGAUAUUUUUUUAGCAUCUUUUUUUAAGACAGCCUGAACAUGCCUCCACAGCUUCUUCCACAGAACCUCAGUGUUUUAAGUUCGAGCUGAUAUCUUAUGCAAACAGGCGCUCAGACCUGAGAAUCCUGACGUUCUGACUGUGGAUGCGAGUGAAAAAAAAACGAGCUCUGACCUGCCGGCUGGAUAGCGAGCCGCUUCAGGACGAUCAGCCUUACGUCCUGCGCUGUCACCUCCAUCCACAUCAUCCUGAAACUCCGAGUGUCUAAGUCUUCACUCUGAGCUGUCUGCCCCUCUGUGAUCAGCCCCACAUGUCAGAGGGAUCAGGCCGGCGUGCGUCUUUCAUUUCCGUGACUUGUAUCACUGGAAGGUAAUUGGAAAAGGAUGCUGAAAACGAGCACAAUGGAGCACAGGUGUUUGGUUCUUCUCGUAUCACAGUGUGACGCUUGUAGUAUGUUAGAAAUAGCAGCAUCACAUAUUUUGAAUUGUCCACUAUGUUGCUUUAUUUGAUAUUUUUCUAUUAUCCAAAGUAUUUACACGAAGUCCUGCUGCCUCCUGUCAGGACUCAGCAGUAUUUUCCGCCGGCACUCGACACGUUUCUCUGUGAGCAUCUGAUUUGUCUUCUCCUUUCGGAGGUUGCGUGCGGACUGUUUCCUGUCAGCAGUGUGUUCCUGGUCCAGCCGCGGUCUUCGCGUACGGACUGUUUGAUGCGUAUUAAAUGUUUCAGGAUUGUCGAUACGGACCUUUUCCCUGCUCGCAGCGUGAGACCUGGAGGGCAGCUCCUCCUCAUGAAACAGCAGGAGUCCCUCUGAGCCACUAGGGGGCAGGAUGUGAAUAUUGAUUGCAGGCUAGCUUGACAUCAGUUUAGUGUCAUGGAAAGCAUUAGAUGGGCCUUUUGAUGUUUCGUUUGUAUUUUUUAUUUAUUUUCUAUAUGAGCUUUGAAGCUGUACAUAGGGUGUAGGUUCACGAGGAGCCAUGUUUGCUCGUUCAUCCGUCUGCAGUGGGAUCCGUGGGUCAUGUAGGCAAUCACAAGCAGUGCUUGUAUGAGAAUAUUUUGUAGGCUGUCACAGUGGAACUGUAACAUUUGGUCAAUAAAUAUGAUCAUUUUUUUGUUGAU